AUGGCAUUAAGGUCCAGUUUAGCGCGCUACCGAUGGCGACGAGCGAGGGCGCGCUGGAAAUUAGCGCUCGGCGCUAAGGUCCAGUUUGGCGCGCUACAGAUGGCGACGAGUGAGGGCGCGCGCUGGAAAUUAGCGCUUGAUGCGGAGCCGUUAAGGUCCAGUUUGGCGCGCUACAGAUGGCGACGAGUGAGGGCGCGCGCUGGAAAU